AUGGCGUCUCCUGAGGUUCAGACUCCCAAUGGAGUGGACGAGCAAGGCCUCGUUGAGAAGACGGCCAAUCUCCAGGUCUCUGAAGUCAACGGUCAGGAGGGAACACCCGCUCACAGAUCGCACGACCCUGAUCACAACCAGAAGAGAAGCGACCCAUUCCAGUUUGGCAGCCGCUUUCUCAACGAGGGGGAUGAUGCCUUCGAGUUCAACGCUUGGGACCACGUCGAGACUGACGACGCAUACAAGAAGUUCGCUGAGGAACAGUAUGAGAUGCAGCGCCAGUCGCCAGUCUCUGAUUUUGACAGAAACAGACUGAACAACAAUCCCGCGCGGAUGUGGGAUCUCUUCUAUAAGAACAACACGGCCAACUUUUUCAAGAACCGAAAGUGGCUGCAGCAAGAAUUUCCAAUCUUGACCGAGGUGACCAAAGAGGAUGCCGGCAAGACUGUGAUCCUUGAAAUCGGAGCAGGCGCUGGCAACACCGCCUUCCCCAUCACUGAGUUCAACAAGAACCCUAAUCUUAAGAUUCAUGCCUGUGAUUACUCGAAGACGGCCGUAGAGGUCAUGCGAAAACACGAGUCCUACGGCAAAGGUUUCGUGCAGGCCGACGUCUGGGACGUGACGAGUGACGAACUCCCACCUGGACUCGAGGAGGGAACCGUCGACAUUGCUAUUCUCAUUUUCAUCUUUUCUGCCUUGGCUCCAGGUCAAUGGAACAAGGCCGUUUCCAACGUCCACCGACUCCUUAAGCCGGGCGGUCAGGUCUGCUUCCGAGACUAUGGAAGAGGUGAUCUCGCACAGGUUCGCUUCAAGAAAGGCCGUUACCUUGAUGACAAUUUCUACGUGCGCGGUGACGGCACUCGCGUGUACUUCUUCGAGAAGGACGAGCUGGAGAAGAUUUGGUCUGGCGAAACCCAGUCCGAGACAGAGGGUCCGAAAGCCGCGUUCAACGUCGAUGAACUUGGCGUCGACAGGCGCAUGCUCGUGAACAGAGCGCGCAAGUUGAAGAUGUACCGUUGCUGGAUGCAAGGUCGAUUCACGAAGAAAUGA